AGACCCAAUUUUGACACUGCAGCCUCUGGCCUCCCUCCCUAAAAUGGUCUUUGCUAUUUGACCACAAUAUCAGAGACCGUAAAACUUGCCCAGUAACACAGAGACAAAGAUGAGGGAUAGCGCCGGCUACAAGGAAUACGUGGCCGGAUUGCUCGCCGGCGUUGCCACUGUCGGCACCGGCCAUCCCUUUGACACCGUCAAGGUGAAGAUGCAAAUGCACAACACUGUAGAACAUGGGAUUACUUACCGGAACGGGUUGCAUUGUACUGCAAGGAUACUAAAGACUGAAGGGAUUAAAGGACUUUACAGAGGAGCAACAUCAUCUUUUGUUGGGGUGGCUUUUGAGAGUUCGCUGCUUUUUGGCAUGUAUUCCCAGAUGAAACAGUCGCUUCAGGGAAAUGUACCAAGUGUUGUGCCUCAACCACAAAUCAUUAUUCCAUCUGCUGCUUUUGGUGGAGCAAUGAUCAGUUUUAUAUUAUGCCCCUCAGAGCUGGUGAAGUGUAGGAUGCAAGUCCAAGGCACAGACUCCUUGAUACCGAUAGCAAGUAGAUAUACCGGCCCUCUUGAUUGUGCUAUUAAAACUCUAAAAGAUGAUGGGGUUAGAGGAAUUUUUCGCGGAGGUUUUACAACAAUGUUGAGAGAAGCUACUGGAAAUGCAGUCUUUUUUAGCGUUUAUGAGCACAUUCGCUAUCAUAUGCAUUUACAACUGAAAUCUGCUUCAUCAGACCACAAGAACUUAAUUGACAUCGGAGUUGGGAUUCUUAGUGGUGGCCUUGGCGGUAUAGCUUUUUGGUCAGCUGUGUUGCCCUUGGAUGUGGCAAAGACCAUAAUUCAGACAUCUACCGAGAAGAACUCUUCAAAGAAUCCAUUUCAGAUCUUAAGCUCGAUAUACAGAAUGGCUGGAGUGAAAGGAUGCUAUACAGGUCUAGGUCCUACAAUAGUUAGGGCCUUUCCUGCUAAUGCUGUGGCAAUUGUCAGCUGGGAGGUGGCCAUAAAAUUAUUAGGGAUCAAACGUGAAUGAGGAUACGGUUAUCUGCAAUCACCAAGAACCUCUAACCUAUAUUUCAAUUCCUAAUGGAAUACAAUUCAAAGUUCUGCAUAGACGUGAUCCAGAGAAAAUGCCUCACUUGGCCAACGCAGGAGUGUUACUUUUCUCUAAUAAAGGAGUGAUCCAACAUUUUUUCUACGAGAAACCAUUGGAGAUUGCCGGCGAUUGUGAGCUUUUGCCUGAUUUUGUGUUCAGUUUAGUUGUGCUUUAUCAGGAACCCCAUUCCAAGAGUCUGAAAUGGGAUCUGCUCCUUGUUUGUGACAUGAUUGAUGGUGCAAGAAUCUGUACCAAUGGGUUUUAGACUUUAUUUCUGUAGUUUCUUUCCUCUUACCAUCAUUGUAACAGAAGUUUUUCUAAACAAGGCCGGCAAGUGAUUUCUGCUGACGGCUCUGAAUCCAUUUAUAAAUACAGCUGUGAA